AAAAAAAAAAAAUAAUCCACAAAUCAGAAAGAAAAAGAAGAACAACACAGGGAGAACCCUUAUGCAACAAAAUGUAUCUGACGCUAUAAAUACAUAUUGGAAGUGUAUCUAUUCCUGCAUGUGUGUGUGUAUAUAUGUAGACGAUACAUAUAAGGAUUGGUGGAGAAUAAAAGGUGUGAGCUGAGAGAAAAAAACAGAAACUUAGAAAGAGAGAAUGGGAAGGGGUAGGGUUGAGCUGAAGAGAAUAGAGAACAAGAUCAAUAGGCAAGUCACCUUUGCUAAGCGAAGGAAUGGGCUGCUGAAAAAAGCAUAUGAACUCUCUGUUCUUUGCGAUGCUGAGGUUGCUCUGAUCAUCUUCUCCAAUAGGGGAAAGCUGUACGAGUUCUGCAGUAGCUCUAGCAUGCUCAAGACAUUAGAGAGGUACCAGAAGUGCAACUAUGGAGCACCAGAGACAAAUAUAUCCACAAGGGACGCUUUGGAGAUAAGUAGUCAGCAGGAGUAUCUGAAGCUGAAAGCGCGAUAUGAAGCGUUGCAGAGAUCACAAAGGAAUCUUCUAGGCGAAGAUCUCGGCCCGUUGAAUAGCAAGGAACUUGAAUCUCUGGAGAGGCAGCUUGAUAUGUCUCUGAAGCAGAUCAGAUCAACAAGGACUCAAAUGAUGUUAGAUCAACUCACAGAUUUGCAGAGAAAGGAGCAUGCACUAAAUGAAGCAAACAAGAGUUUGAAACAAAGGUUGAUGGAAGGAAACCAACUAAAUCUGCACUGGAAUCCAAACGCACAAGACAUGGGAUAUGGCCGUCAGACAGCUCAUCAUUCUCAGGGUGAUGUCUUCUUUCAUCCUCUGGAAUGUGAGCCCACAUUACAGAUUGGGUACCCAACUGAUCCAAUAACAGUAGCAGGUCCGAGUGUGAAUAACUACAUGCCUGGGUGGUUGCCAUGAAAGCUUUCAUGUUGAGCAGAAGGUUCUGAAAAUCUCACUCUUUUGUAUGCUUGAUCAUAAAAAAGACAUGUUUUCAUCGUUUUGUACCCAUGUAUAAGACUGUCAUAAGAUCAUUAAAUUCGAGUGUCUUUAAUUUGUUCCUCUGCAGACUCAACUCCUUUAGCUCUGCAGCUUCAGCUUGUAUGUAGAUCAGAGUGAACAUAUCUUUGUUUCUCUCUGUUUCAAGAUUUGACAUUUUGGAUGCAUGCAUGUGAGAUAUUUGCA